GGGUCAGUGUCAGGACGCACGCGCCGGGGGGCGGGGCCUGGCCGCCCUGGGAGACUCGGGACCAGGUGGGGCGUGGCGGGCCGCCACGGCUGCAGUGCCUCCGCCGCGCCGCUAGGGGGCAGCGCGGACGGGUGAAGGAGUCCGAGCCAGAGACAACGAGAUCCGGACCCGUGCGGAGCGGGACGCCGAGCAUCCUGGAGCCCAGCUGCAACAUACCCUCCCAACUGGCUGGAGCGGAUCCUGAGCCCCAGCCGGCCGAGCUGACUCCGGAUCCUGCCUGCCAGCUGGCGCUGACCCCGGGAUUCCGACCGGCCAAGCGGCCCCAGGACCCUGCGCACCAGCCAGAGCGGACCCGGAGCCCCAGGCCGGCUGCGCUGGCCUCGGGGUCUGCAUGCCGUGCAGAGAUGACCCUCCUCCCUGGCUUGGCUGAGCUGACCUUGGACCCCACGCACCGGCCAGAGGCGACCCCAGCCCCCAGCCUGGCGGAGCUGACCGUGGAGCCUGUGCACUGCCGGCCGGAGCUCCUGGACGCCUGCGCAGACCUCAUCAACGAGCAGUGGCCGCGCAGCCGCGCCUCCCGCCUGCAUUCCCUGGGCCAGUCCUCCGACAGCUUCCCCCUCUGCCUGAUGCUGCUGAGCCCCCACCCGGCGCCCGGGCACGCCCCCGUCGUGGUGGGGCACGCCCGCCUCUCACGGGUGCUAGACCGGCCCCAGAGCCUCUUCGUGGAGACCGUGGUGGUGGCCCGGGCCCUGAGGGGCCGCGGCUUUGGCCGCCGCCUCAUGGAGGGCCUGGAGGUCUUUGCUCAGGCCCGGGGCUUCCGCCGGCUGCACCUCAGCACCCGUGACCAGCUGCCCUUCUAUGCCCACCUGGGCUACCAGCUGGGGGAGCCGGUGCAGGGCCUGGUGUUCACCAGCCCCCGGGUGCCCGCUGCUCUGCUCCGUGUCUUCUCCAGCGCCCCGUGCCCCCGGCUGCCCUGCAGGGCCCCUAGCCUGGCUGCCCACGCUGCCCCCAAAGCCUCCAAAGGGCCGUCACUGCCGCCACCCCCUCCCCUGCCCGAGUCCCUGGCCGCCUCGCCGCCUGCUCCAGCGGGACCCCCUCCGCAGAGCCCGCUGGAGACAGGGUACCGUGACCUGAGAGGGGGCCCCGUCUUUUGGAUGGAGAAGGACAUCUGAGGGGCUCCUAGGACACGGCAGUGGACUCCCCAGGACAGUCCCGCCUCCGCCCCUGGCCCCAGGGGCCGCUGAGAGGGGGGGUGGGGGCAGGACAAGGCUCCCUGGCUGGGGCUCCGGCCCUCAGAGUGGCUCAAUAAAGGCUUCUGUCAGGCGUGGC